AUGGUAGUGUGGAAAUGGAAGUCGAAUUACACUACGAACGCAACUUCGACAUACCGCCCAAAGAUUAUCUUGGACAAUGACUGGGGCAUUGCUGGCUUUAUCCCCAUCUUCCAGGCCUUGAAAGCAGGCUGGGAUAUCGUUGGCAUUGUCUCGGACACUGCAAACUCUUGGGCUUUGCAGACUGGAUUGCAUGCUCUUGCAACCUUGCAAGUUGGCGGACUGGGUUGCAUUCCUGUCUACCGCGGUGCCGACUGGCCUCUUCUGAACCGACCUGGUCUUUAUCGUGCUUGGGCAGACGUUCAUGGAGUGCUGGCAUGGGAAGGCGCUUUCGCCCCAGAGAACCUCACAUAUGAAGCACUAGGCAAUGACCCGACGAGUGGCGAUCCAGAUCGAGUCUCGAGAGCCGCUUUCGAAAAGCCAGGCUACGGCUACCCCAACAUAACAUUCGUGCCGGACAUCACAGCCGUCGAAUUCAUGGUCCAACAAGUCAGGAAGUACCCCGGCGAGAUCAGCAUUUACUCGGGCGGUGCUUUUACAAACAUCGCCUUGGCCGUUCGUCUGGAUCCCACAUUCGCAAAGAAUGCCAAGGAGCUCGUCAUUAUGGGUGGAUACCUGGACGUCAAUUUGCUACAGACGACGGGAUCCGUGCUCCUUGCGGACUUGCAAAGCGACAUCAACCUCAUGAUCGAUCCUGAAGCCACCAAGAUUGCUCUUACCGCCGACUUUCCCAAUAUCACCAUUUGUGGUAAUGUCGCCAACCAAGUCAUGAGCACACAAGACUUCCUCGACGAGAUUUACGAGGUCAAGACGCCGUACAGUGAACUUAUGUACAAGUACUAUGGUACCGAAUUUCCCUUCUGGGACGAGACAGCUGCCGCGGUCAUGGUCGAGCCCUCGAUUGUGAAGAACAGCACCAAGUUCUACCUGGAUGUGGACACUAGCUAUUCUUCGCCAAACUAUGGCAAUAUCCACGCUUAUCAGAAGGCUCUCGCACCGACGGCACAGCCUUUGCAAGAAGUCAACUUCAUCAUCGAGAUUGAUGGUGACAAGUUGAAGGAGAGAAUCAAGGAGAGCGCUCAAUAUCCACCAACAUGUGCGAGCGCAGGAGAUGGUGCAUAG